CUGCUUCGUCCCCGUCAACACCUUCGGCAAGGAACCACACGAGGCGCCCACAGCUCGGCGUCGGCCGCGUUCCAACGUCUUCCAUCAGUGUCUCCAGGCUGUACUUCUGUCCUUCCGCAGACACGUCACGGCGGGCACGCAACCUUUCUGCCUUGUAAUACCACACGAGCCAGCCUUUCACCUCGGCAAACCUUCGCUUCGCCACCUCGCAGCCUCGUCCUUCCACCGCGUGUACGCCUUUCGACACGUAUACCAUCGUAUUCACUCAACAUGCGAAUCUGAUACAACGACAUUCAUCUUGCACUGAAGUUGGAGCGCCCGCCAUGGACUACUCGAGCCUGCGCGCCGCCGCCCUCCGCGAUGGCGAGGACGAAGAGGCCGUCACCGUCGAUACCCGCGCCCUCAUAGACAAGGUCCUGGCUCGAUACUCGGGCGAGUGGACGACGCUUCGAGAGCUCAUACAGAACGCAGCCGAUGCGCAGGCCACUACCGUCAGCGUCAAGUGGGAGACGAUACCCUCGAUACAGGUGCCGCUGCCUCCCAACACGACGAGUCGGUCCGAGCUGCUCAAGCACACCGUGUCGAAUCACACCCUUCGACGGCUCGUCGUCCAGAACGAUGGCCAGGCCUUCACAAAGACGGACUGGGGACGUCUGAAACGUAUCGCUGAGGGUAACCCCGACGAGACCAAGAUAGGAGCGUUUGGCGUCGGCUUCUAUAGUGUCUUUGCCGACUGCGAGGAGCCUUUCGUCAGCUCCGGCAGCGAGGCCAUGGCGUUUUACUGGAAGGGGAACUCUCUCUUCACCAAGAAGUCCCACCUCCCCGAGGACAAGGCCAGCAAGCACACCACCUUUGUGCUCGACUAUCGAAACUCAACGACGCCCGUUCCGAACCUGCUCUCGGUCAGCCAGUUCCUCGCCACCAGCUUGACCUUUGUCGCGCUGCAGAAUAUAGAAUUCUGGAUCGACGACCACAAGAUCUUGUCACUCACGAAGAAGUCGUCUCCGAGUGCGGAGCUGCCUCUGCCCCGUGAUCUGGAGGCGCGGACAAAGGAAGGCCUCAUGAAGGUCGUUAGUGUGGAUCGCACGAGCACGCAAAUCGACGCCUCGUACAUGUCAGUUGUGGGCUGGAAGCCGCAGGCGGCUGCUUCAGCGACCAAGAACCCCGAUGCGUACGGAUCUAUCGAAGCCCCGUCGCUCAGAUCCUUCUUUGCUCGCCUCACCUCCAGUUCGUCACACCCUGGCAGCAGGUCAAAAUCGCAGAGCGAAGACAGUGCUGCGCAGCCGAGGAUUUCUGAAGAUGUCACAAAGGUGAACACGUCGGCCAUCUUCCUGCGUGCCACGUCGGCAUCCAUCAAGACCAACGUGUCGACAUCAUUUGCAUCGGAGCUCGAGCGGGCUACCAAGAAGCCACCACCAAAGACCACGAGGCUAUCUAUUCUGACGGCAUCUUAUGACGAGACUGAAGCCUCUGCUGCGUCGGCAAGCGAUGGCGCAUUUACCAGAGCUACCGACGUUUUUGCUUCGGUUUUGCCUAGCAAGAAACCUGGCGGGCGCAUUUUCAUCGGCUUCCCCACCAUGCAGACGACAGGAGCCGGAAUGCACGUAUCUGCGCCAUCAGUCAUCCCUACCGUCGAGCGAGAGGCUAUUGAUCUGAAUGCUCGGUGGGUUCGGACGUGGAACGUCGAGCUUCUACGGGCCGCCGGUAUCAUCGCCAGGCUGGCUUUUUCCAACGAGAUGGACGACCUCAGCAAACGGCUUCGCAGCACGGCCGAGCAGGGGAAGAGGAUUUCCGCUCAGAACAUCGCAAAGUAUAUGCCCGAGGCCCUGCAUACCUUGAAGACGUUCACCUUUGGCGACUCGACCCCGAGCGGCCAGGUUGGGCAGAUCAUGGAAGAAGCCUUCUGGACCUGCUUCAGGAAGGCCUCCAUCGAGAUGUAUUCCAGUCAGGGCGUCUUGCAGACAACGCAGGUUCGCCUUGGCUCUGAUGAUCUGAGCUCAUUCGUGGACAGCAUCCCAAUUGUGCCAGAAGAGAUGAAGGCAGCCCCCUUCGUACGAAAGCUCAUUGACUUUGGGCUGGUCUCUCAUAUCACCGUCACUGAUGUCAAGAAAGAGCUUGAAGCAAAGGCGCUCAACAAAUCUCAAGCCACAAACUUCAUCUCGUGGGCUGGCAAGAAGAGCGCCAGUGGGGAACUAGACCCCGGCAGCCGAUCUGCACUUCUUGAGGUCGCCGUCGCCACGGUUGGCCCCGAGGAUAACCAAGGCGAAAUUAUCGCACUCGGAAGCAUCACAAAUUUCCAGAACGUCAACAAGAUUCCUGCACAUCUCCCGAUUCCUCCGACUACAAUUCCUUACGCGUUCACGGCCCAUUCAUCUGUAGCGGAGCUGCAUGCCUUGGGCUGGGAGGCUUUGGAUGUCCUUCCGUGGUUGAGAUUCUUGAUUGAGACCGCGAGGUCAAGGGCCGAGGAAGAGAGCGUCACGAGAUCUCCGAAGUUUGCGGUGCAAGUAUUAACGGUCCUGUCCAAGAACUGGGAUCUCAUCACCGCCCGGGACAGGGAGGCUGUAGCUUCCCUUGUCAAGAGCCACCCGGUUAUGCCAACAAAGCUGGGCAUGCGGAAACCCAACGAGUCGUUUUUCCCUUCCGUCAAGCUCUUCGACGAUUUACCGGUCAUCCAGGGAUGUGAAAAGGUCAAGGAAAAGUUUCUGGCAGCCGUUGGAGUAAGGAAAACGGUGGACCUCGAUACCAUCUUCACCCGACUCCUCAACGCAUCCGGCGACGCAGGCGACAAGAGGUGGAGCCAUAUGGAGCUGAUCAAGUAUCUUGCAUCUGUCCAAAACGACAUUCCGUCCGAUGAUCUCAAGAAAUUGAGAGAGUCGAAGAUUUGCCCGGCAGAGGCUGGUCCGAAGGGCAUGGAGCCUACCAAAGGCACUACAACACUAUACAAGGUUUCAGAGCUGUUUGAGCCAAAAGACAGCCUCCGCACAUUGGGCUUAUCCAUCUUGCAAUGGCCUGGGCCACCGGGAAGCUGGCGUCCAUCCAGUGCCGAAGCGCGGUUCCUGUCCAUCUUGGGGCUUCGCACUCACCCGUCUGUCCCUGAGCUCGUGGACAUGAUGGCCUCCAAGGACGGCUUGUUGCGUUCUUCGGCAAUGACUUAUUUCAUCGCCAAUCAUCACACCAACCGCUAUGCCGGCUUCCACCUUGCGGACACCAGAAAGGCUAUUCUCCCGUUGCAAGGUAGCGGGCAGCUUGUCCCACCCUCGGCCUGUUUCACAAAUGAGAGAGCAGCCUUGCUUGGGUUUGACAUCCUGAGAAAGGAUCUCCACGAUCAUGCAAACAAGUUCGGUGUCGCCCGGGACCCUCCAAUGGUUGAGUGUGUCAACAGACUGCUUGCCAAUCCUCCCAAGGAUCAACGCGCUGCCAUGACUCUAUUCGGGUACUUUGCCUCUCGUAUCACUGAAGUGCGCGACAACAGUCUUGCAAAGCUCAAGAACGCGCCGAUCGUGCCAGUCAGCAGAUCCAAGUUAUCCCGCACGCCAGAAAAGUCUGGGAGUGUGUCGUACAUCACCCCUACACACACCUACCUGGGAAGUUCGGUCACGUAUGGCGAAAUAUUCGACUUUGUCGAUUUUGGCCAAGAGGCAAACGCCUUCUUAUUUCAUUGCGGAGCGAAGAGCGAACCGACCAAGCUCGAGGUGGCGCAUAUGGUGUGCACCGAGCCGGCAAGGUUGCUCAGCAUCUUGCAGAGCCCAGAAAAGUACCUUGAUCUACUCAAGUCCCUUGCAGAGGUCGCUUCGACACUGCAGCGCGACAAGGAGCUUUGGAGGCGCAUGAAGACGUCUGCUUGUCUCCUGGCGUAUAAAGAACUUGCCACACCCAACAAAGGAGAUUUGAUUGACUUGGACUUGGACGACGCGCCAAUCAGGCAGUAUCAGCUGGCUUCAGCCAGCCAAAUCGUGGUACUGGACGAUAUCAUCAGCUACCGCUUGUUCAAGGAGCAUUUGAUCUGUGCUCCUGAGGAGGACGCCUUGGAAACCUUCUACCUACAACUCGGGGCGCAGAAGCUGAGCAGCCUUGUGCAGGAGGAUGUGCGAAUCGGUCACCAAAUGCUCAACCAUAAGAACGCAGAGCCGUUGAGGAAACACGUUUUGGAGCGGUCCAAAAUAUUUCUGUACGAAUAUGCGAAUUACCGCCGCGACGCCAUCAAGCACGACACCAAGUGGCUUGAGAAGCACCUUCGCGUGGCCAUGGUCCGCUCUGUGGCGCUACGUCGCAGCCUGAAGGAGCACCGUCAGUCGCAUACCGAGAAGCGAUCAGCAGCUGGCGCCUACGACCAAGGCGUUUGGACUUUGUACGUGUCGGACGAGUCCCGGCCAGACAUGUACCAGAUCGGCCAGGCUGUGUGUCAGAUGCUCCUCAGUCGCCCUAAUCAGCAGGCCUAUCUGUUUUUUGAACCAUUUCUCACACUCGACUUGUAUGGCCUACGUGCGCGUGGAUACAACGUUGAUAGAAUCCUUCGCGCCAAGGCUGCCGAAGCUAGGAUUGCUGAAGAGCAGAGGCAAAAGGCCUUGGAGGAGGAACGACAGAGGAUUCAGGAGCGGGAACAGACUUGGGCACAGCAAGGAAGUGACCCCGGGCUACCUACUGCUGCUCCCGCUGCUCGUGAGGUGGCCCAAACGCCUGCGAAACCCACCAUGCCGGGAUCCUGGGGCUCACCGGACGAUUCCGCCGCCAGCAACGCCGGUAACACUGGCAAGAGUGGCAGUCUAUUUUCCAGACUCACCCGUCAGCUGGGGCUUGACAACACAACCGAGAACGAUGCACAGAGGCAACUUGAGAGGUUUGUGGAUGCACCGUCUCAGCCAAGCCAAAUAUCGACUACAGGACAACAAGCCAGCAGCGCAAAGCGUCCGCAGAAGGACACCGGUCGUGUUACUAGCCCCGCUGUUGUACAACAGAACCUGCUCAAUGCGAUCCACGCGACACGCGCGCACGGAUCUAAUGGCGUGUUCUCUCAGCCCAACGUCAGCGAGGUGAAGGAGCAGGCCACAUACUGUGACAGCACUCCCGCGACAAACAUCAACUUUGCUGCGGAGGCGUCCAACGGGAUGAAGGUGUAUGUCUCAAAGGACAUGACACGGCCAGCAGCAGAUUUCUUGACGGCCAACUUGACGGCCAUCAACUCUUUUGCGACUUUAUUGGUCGAUGUGGGCAGCAUUUACUCCCUGUCGCCCGGGGUGGUGCACAUCUUCUACGACGAAGCUGGCGGGACUAUUGCAUUCAACACGGGCGGCAGCAUUUUUUGCAACCUGCGAUUCUUCCUCCAGCUUCACGCCACGCAGUUGACCGGCCAAAACACAGGUGCUGCCAGGGCUGAAGCCGCAACGUGGUGGUGGGUCGUGUUCGCUCACGAGCUCGCUCACAACUUGGUCUCGCCUCACAACGCUGAGCAUAGCUAUUAUACCGAGUCGUUCAUCCAACAGUACAUGGGCAAGAUGGUUGCCAAGACGGUGCAGUGGACCCAGGCCGGGACACCACUGCCCCAGCGAGCUCUCCCGCCGCCUCCGCCAGCAGAGCCUCAGGUGCGCAACUCGACACAGGGUGAUGCACCUCCUCCGCCGUAUACAAUGACCUCGAAUAGACGGGACAAUAUGUUUGGUUAGACUUUAUGUUGUGGACUUGCAUGGCGCGGAGUUGUUCCUUCUGGCGUUCAAUUAUAGCAGGUGCCCGAUCAUGGCGGCGCAUGUAGAGCAUGGGGCAUGUUACUUGGUACGUAGACAGAUAAACUGUACAUGUUGUAUGAUGA